CGUACAUCCCAGGGAAACAAUUCUAUCCCAGAAGAUUCUUGGCCUGACCUCAUCGCUGCCAUGACCAGAGUGCUUGCUCCAGGCGGCAGGCUCGAAAUUCUCGAAGCAGACGUAGCAUUUUAUGGGACUCCUCACCGCAUCCCUGCCCACGAGUUGUGAGUCGACGUAGCCCAAGCUGUGCUGCUCGCCUUGCGAAAAAGGAUUGCGCUGAGCAUGCGAGUCUGCGCUGACUGCAGGAAGGAGCUUGCGGCGGGUGUUGGAAACGUUGCCCUGCGAGUGAACAUUAAGAAUGGACGUCAUGGCGAGGAAUUUGAUCCGCUCGAGAGGGUUUGUCUGCGGGCAUUGGAGCAGCGAGGAAUCAGCUUCAGUCCUCUUGCCCAACUUCCGGCAAUUCUGAUGCUCGAGCACGAUCUGAUGGAUGUGAGGUGUGGAAAUCCUCGGGUGUUACCCUUGAUGGCGGAGCCCGGCUUUGCCCUGGGUGGCCCAAAGCCUCGACAAUCAUCGCCAAGUUCGAGUCCGACUGCCAACCUCAGAGCACAGGAAAGUCCGGAUUCGCCCCGAGCUACGGGCGAUCCUCCCUCGGCGCCCACUUCUCCCAGCUUGGGCCUUCCAGAACCCAAUCGAAAUCCAGCAUACACCAAUCGAGCGCCGGUAGGCACUCCUUUGAGAGGCUCAACAUUCCGCAUGCCAGACCUCGAACUCAUACGCUGCAUGAUGCUCAUGAGCGAAGUGCACCUAUACACUGGCUCCCGAAACAUCUUGUGGCAAGAGGCGGAAGCGGACAAGAAGGCGGCCUCUCGACCCGCCUCGCGAUACGGGGCGAAUGGUGACUCGGGCGAGCCUUAUGCUCAUCCUUGGUCUGACGAAGCGGCAUUCCAUCGCACGAUUGAUCGAUGGGUGGCAGACAUUACGAAUCGAGCCGCAGUGAGGGGUCUCCUCAAAAAGACGUUGGGUUGGGAUAGCAAUGCCGCGCAAGCCAGGGCGAAGGAGACGGACAAACCUUCGAACGCAGAUGCUAGCAAUGGCCCGUCACCUCCGACAGCCUCCUCUGCAGGAGAUCCUUGGAGCUCGAGCUACAGCAGAUCCUCGGCCAAACAAGUUGCUCUUUCAACGAGUCAACGUCCCCAAUCUCUGAACAGCGCGCAGAGCGCAGAGAAUGCCGCGCAGCUGCACAAAAUGCAUCGAGAACGCCGAAACAGUCACAAGAUUCCAUCUUCGCGUCCCACCUCGCCCAGGUUCUCGGAUUAUGGAGACCGCACCGCAGAGAGCAAAUCGUCUGCUCACAGACAACGGGAGAGCUUGCCUCCCACACCACGCAUACCGAAGAUACCGCUGCUGGGCGUCAAACGAACGACGGGAUUCACUGCGAUACGUAAACCGACCGAGGCAGCGUCCUGAAUGCUUGCAGGCGUGUACCAGUGAUAGUCGCGCAGAACACAAAGCAGAUCUCAUUGCCGGCUGCUCAGAAACCCUUUGCUUCCAUCUAGUGUUGUACAGUACUCUUCACAGCCUCUCCAAAAUGCCGAAUAGAAGCUUGCACCACCGAUAUGAGCAUCUGUCU